AUGGACGUAGUCGAAAACAACAAGAAGAACAUCAGGAGCCUCAGGAUAUACCUUGCACACCUUCCAAAUACUCUUCCAGAGCCACCAGCUCCGCAGAUUGAUCUGCGUCACUUCGCCCCUAAGGUUGGCGUACUACCUGGCGAUAAGGCGGUGGACGAGGCCCUCCAGGAAAUAUUCGGGAUUUCCAACAACACGGGCUUGACGAUACGGGAGCGGGGACCUGGGAUACAAGCUCUAGCAGAUGUUUUGGAGCAAUUCCUCCAGUACAAUCCCGCCUCGCUACCCCUCCAGCGCUGGCUAUACGGGGCUCUCCUCGCCGCCUCUAAUGUUUACCGAUCCGCGGGAAUAGCGCCGCCCUCUCUGGACCCUUCACCAGUAACGAGACCUUCAACACAAGCAGGGCCCUCAACGUCCGCGCCACCUUCUCACGAUCCUUCUACCCUUCAACUGCCUGGGACAACAUCAUCUGCUAACCUCUCCGGUGGAACUUCUUCACAACCAACGAACAGGCACCCGCUGGAGGCACAGUCUUCUUUAGGCGGCCCUGGCUCGGCGGCAGACCCAUACAGAGUCGAAUCUCAAUCAACGACCCGCACGAUUAAACCCGAGCCGCCCCCCAGAGCGAAAGGCAAAAGGAGCGUAGCAUCGGAAAGACAAGUUGCUCAAGGGCUCAGACGUGCAAAGUCCAUUCGACACAGCUCAUACGUCUUCGGUACCAUCACCCAGGAUCCCAAUCUGAGACAGCUUGUACAAUCUCUCUCUACGACAAAGUCCUGUUUACGCUCGCGCAGCUACGCCAUUCGAAAGCUGCCCUGGCACUCACCGUUUAUGACUGAGGAUACGUUGCUGGGCGAUGCGUUGCUAAGAACACGUUCUACGCCUGAAACUGCAGCUUCUUCGAGCGUAACGGAAACUGCGACAUCCUCCGCGGCCGCUUCGGUGAACCCGACAUCACAACAACCCAUCUUGACGGAUCUCGCUCGCAGGCUGGAUACUUGGGAACGUGACGAUGUAUACUCUAAUGUCGACAGAGCUUGCAUUGAUUUCAGAUGGAUGGGUAUCGAACCUGAAGGCGCUGUGAGUCUCGCAGCGCACGAGUUCAUGGAGAUCGGACUCGCGAGGGUGGAGGACUAUCAGUGGCUGAUCGCAUUACGCUCUCUGGAUGUUCUGGCCUGGGCUUGCGGAACUCGCCUGCCGUCACGCUCUCAUGCUGUACCCAGGAGAGACGGGACUCUGUUGUCAACUCUCCUCUCGCCUGCCGCGCCAAAUACUCCGGGCUGGGCUACGUACAGCUCUGAUUGGGUUCUAUUGAUGUCCGGUCCAGCUGAACACGGCGCUGUCAGGUCAGCUUACACGACCAUAUUGUCUCAGAAUGCGCUAGCACAAUUCUCGACGCUCUCUUGGAACGACGACCCGUGCAAAGUUCCUGGGCCCGCAAAGGUGAACGAGGCUCUACCCAAUAUGAUCAAGGAGGCGAUGAAUUUGCUUCCUGGCGACCACUUUCGUCGAGACUUCAUCGCCGCGCAUAACAAUCUGCGACUGGCUGCGACCGGACUGGGAUAUAUCCUCCACAAAUGCGGACCCUUCGCGAGCAGUAAUAUUGGUGAUCAGUUGCUCGACAUCACGAAGCUGAAAGACUAUAUCGUCGCUGCUCAAUGGGAGAUUAGGCCAAAGGCACCUGCAUUGGGACUGUCUACAAAGGAUUUCGUUUAUCCACUCGCUGUCGCACUAUUUGUGUCCCCAGUAUUCUUAUUCAGCAAGGCUCAACUGGUCAAGAACGCACGCCCAGCUAGCGAGCUAUUCGAGACGUGGAAGCUCCUGGGAAACACCGAUCGCCCUGCAGCUCUUAUGCGAGUAGAGCGUGACAUCUGGAGAUUGCUACUGCGCGUCCUCGACGGAGUGGACCUUACGGCUUGUCUGUUGUCGUUCAUUGAGCAUUGGAGACGCAUGGUGAUCGCACACGGUCCAGAACUCUUCGAGGCUAAGACGUGGUUCAAGCCUGGCCCUUUGCCUACAGAACCGUCAACUCCAACUUCCGGCGCUCUCGAGUCUGUAUCAUUCGACCAAGCCUCACAAGAUGCUCUGACGGAAAGUGGCGAACCCAAUACUCCGCGCACCACUGGGAAUGCGUGUGGACCAGGGAAUAAAAGACCGGCAGACAGCGCGGAAACUGGAGGGGAAAGUGCAAAGAGACUGCGGCUUUCGGUCUCUGCAACCUCCCAGACCCGCGCCGAAUCACCCGCAUCACCGCUCACUGGACGCGCCUCGCCAACGCCUUCCCACGACGGCGAUACGCUCCGGCCCAGUCCCGAAAGGUCGUCUAUCUUUCCCCCCGGGACUUCUUCGUCCAGUACACAACAAGCCUCCGGGAGCACCAAUUCAUCUAGGCAGCCGCCAAUCGCACCGCUCUCCAGCGAAUCGCUUCUUGCCACAGUUCUCGCCGAGAUCAACCAGCUCAAAGCCGAGCGAGACGCUCUUCAGACAGAAGUCGAGCCUCUCAGAGUCGAACGAAACCAAUUGAGGACGGCUCGCGAUGACCUUAUCAGUCGUGUGUCGGCGGCAUUGGACCGCGCAGGACAGGCUGAGCUGCGCGUUCGGGAACUUGAUGAGUAUCUCAGCUCUGCACGUUCGCAAGCCGCGUCAACGCAAGCAGGACUCGAGACUGCUCUCAACGAAACUCGUUCUCGGGCAGAACUCGCCGAAGAUCGUACGCGCGUUCUUGAGGGAGAACGGGAUGGACUGUCCGAGCGGCUCCGUGCCUCCGAGGCGGCUAUCAUAGAGCACGAGGAUCUUGCUGCCGCUCGAGUGGCCUCCCUGGAGAGCGAGUGGCAACGCGUGGAUUCCGAGCGGCUUGGGCUGGUAGAUGACUUGCGCAAGCAAGUACAGGCGCUAGAGGCAGAUCUUUCAACCCGUACGAAUGAGGUGCAAUCGGCACAGACCGAGAAACAGCACGCGCUUGUCGAGCUGGACUCGAUGCUACGGGCGGCGCACAGCCUUCUGACCAGCGAUAUCGGUGUGGGGAACUUGAACGGCCCCAUGGCAGCUCUCGGUGCCGAGCUGGGACGUUUGCGUGGACAAACGUCCACUGCUGAUGAACGCAUACAGGCUGCAGAUCAGCGCGCGUCAGAUGCAGAGCAGCGCGCAGCAGAUGCCAAUCAGCGAGCAACGGAGGCCGCUCAACGAGCGGCGACCGCUGAGCAGGAGCGCGCGGCUAUGGAAGACGUGCACGACCGGCGGGUUGGCUACAUGGCCAUUCUGCAGCAACGGAUCAGAGAGCUGGAGGCCAAUUCGUGGAGGUUCUGA